AUGACUGAACUCACCACCAUCACUCGGCCUGUGCCACCGGCAAGUCUUCCCACUUCAGUGCCUGUCUCGAACGAUGAAAUAAACUAUCCUCACUUCCGUUUGCUGAAUCGCCAGUCUCGCGUCGCCCUUUCUCCAUCACCCUUUGAGCUUGAUUCCCAACCACCCCGUCAGUUACUUGCAGUCUCCAACUCUAGAGGAUGGUUUGCGGUUAUCAUCAAGAAAGAGGGCUCAUUCGGUAGUGUCGCCUUGCAGACUGCAGCCGUAGCUGGCGCUGAUAGCGCGUUUACACCCUCGAAUACCAUACCCAUAGAGUCCGCUUCACCCUGCACUCUCACCUUUGCCUCUAACGAUACUCGCCUUCUCCUUGGCCUUGCUUCGGGCGAAAUACUGGUCUACGAUACAUCCCACCUUCUUACAGGGGCACAAACGCAAGCGAAACCUAUUCAUUCCUUUCAGCAUGCCGUAGGUUCAUCAAUCGGUCAAGUUGCGGCCAACCCCAGUACCUCCGAUGCAACUCUUGGCUCGCUCGUCGCAGUGGUGUCGCGGAAUGGACGCGUUUUUGUUCUCAAUGUCCAGACCUUUGCAUCUGAAGGUGGGUGGAUGGGUACUGAUGAGGCAUUCCAACCUACUGCAGUGGCAUGGUCCCCUAAGGGCAAGCAACUUGCUAUAGGCCUUAAAAGUGGCGAUAUUCUCUGUUUCACGCUAGGUGACAAGUCCAAAGCUCAAAAGCAUAUUCCACCCACCGCCCAAUUGCCGCUAACAUCCCUUAAUUGGCUAAGCCCUGGUCAUACUUUCGAGACGACGUAUGGUUCGGAUGAUCCUCAGCACCACAUCGUUUCUUUGGACACCGCUUCAUCCACAACCAGCUAUGGAGUUCUCUCUUAUCCCUAUCCUACUGCCGACCGCCCGCAGCUCAGCUUUACCGUGUCGCUACCCAACUGGAACUUUGACCAAGGCGAUGGUUCGAAGUCGUUGGUGCUUUUUGGAGACGUUUGUUCAACAGAUGUUGAAGUGAUGGGUCAUGUUGGAUCUAAAUGGGAUCAACAGUCGAGAGAUGACAGUUCCAUCGCAAUUCCAUUGGACAAAAACUACGAUGAAACGUUUCUUCUGGGUUUGGUUGUCGACUUGACCUCGACAACACCUGCGCCAAGUGUUCUGGCCUCGGGGGAAUCAGCCGACUGGCCCCCUGCUCCUAUACUAUACGCUUACCUCAAUGAUGGAACGAUACAGGCAUGGCAUAUUACACAAGCUAAGCCAUAUGCGGGGAUGGUCGUGCCGUCUCCUGCUACAUCCGAUGCGACACCGUCGCCUUUGAAUGUAUCCAAUAUAGACAAUAUGGCUCCGGAGCAAGUGAUGCUGACUCCUGCUCCUCCAGUAACAUCUAGAACGCCUAGUAUCGAAAUGGAUUCGACUUCGUCUAAUGCAUUCACUUCACAACCCUCUCCGUUUGCGCAGAAUGCGGGUACCUCUUCAGCGUUCACGCCCCCGUCUUCAGGUCCAACGUCUCAGGCAUCCUCUCCAUCUCCCUUUGGACAAACUGGCUUUAAUUCUGCAUUCGGUCAGCCCUCGGCGUUCGGUCAGAAUAACGCACCUCAAUCAGUCUUUGGGCAAGGGUCGUUCAGCCAAAAACCUGCGUUUGGUGGGAGCCCUCCACUAGUGGGAGGGUUUUCCUCUUUUGCCAAUUCGGGCGCAUCGACAUUUGGUCAGAGCGCUUUUGGGGGGUCUAGUGUCCCAGCGAUUACGGUGACCAAGACGCCGUCCGGAGGGUCCCAAAAUGACGACAUGCAAGCGGAAGCCACGGCCACAGAGCCAGACAUUUCUUUCGGAGGGCUGUCACUCGACAAAGCGGAUGCACCUUCAAGUGAAACAAAACCAGGCGUCAACAGUAUCUUUGGCUCUACCGCAUUUUCCGCUCCUACUCCAAACACAUCCACAGAGCCAUCUACCGGAGGCUUUAUCAAACCAGCUUCAGGCUUUGGAGCGUUCAGUGGGUUAGGUCAAGCAACAAAAUCAGAGACUCCCUCGGGAUUUGGUGCCUUCGGCAGUGCUAGCCCCAAAAGCAAUCCAGAACCGACAAAGUCAGAAACACCUGCGUCGAUAUUUGGUUCCGCUGCGAAGCCAGCGGCGCCGUCGUUCGGUCAACCUUCGUUUGGGCAGCCUGCAUUUGGACAAUCUUCUUUUGGGGGUGCGAGUUUGACGACGUCUGCUUUCGGCACUACAGGCUUUGGCAAGGCUCCAACUGUGGCCACGGCAUCGCCUCCCUCAUCCGGCGGUGGCUUCGCUUCCUUCGCCAAGCCGACCCCGGUAACAUUCGGUCAGACCAGUUUGGCGUCCGGCCCAAAAGAAAGCGUCUUCAAAGGUACUGCAAUCAACCAACCCACUGAUGAUCAACCCAAACCUCAGACGGCGUUCGGAUUUAGAACCUCCCAAAGUUCCAAUGUUUUUGGUGGUGGUUCCUUCAACGCUUCGGCGACCUCCCAGUCAGUCUUUGCUAAACUCCCUGAGACACCGAUGAAAACUACAUCGUCGGCAUCGUCUUCACCAGAUUCAAAUGGCGCUGCAAGGUCUCCAUCGGCGAAGGCUGAUGACGAUAGUCCUGUGGCUAAACCAUCUGCGCCUCAGUCCGCUUUCUCCUCAUCACCUUUUGGCACUCCAUCUAGCUCUGCAUUUAAACCUGCGAGUGGUUUCGGUGCAUUUGGAAGUACAACACCUACAUCUUCACCCUUCUUCAAAACAGAAAAAACAGUGUCAGCGUUUGGUAGCGCGUUUAGCACUCCCGCCCCGGUGUCUCCGGCCGUGAGUGCAUCUGAGUCCCCAAAGUUCGGUAUGUCGUCUAGCCUUGGGCAGAAGCCUGGCGUCUUUGGCUCCCCGUCGACACCCCCUUCUACAACCCCCAAGGCGCCUGCACCUGCUGUCGGCGCAUUCGCUGCGUUCAGCAAAAGUCCGAACGCCUUCUCCGCCUUUGCGGGGCCACAGAAAUCGUUCAAGGAGCUGUUAGCUGGGUCGGACAAGGGCGAAGGGUCGGACAACGCGGAGCCAACUAUAACUACCGCUCCACAGGUAUCUCGAAAGCAGUCGACCGAUGAGCCAAGCCCUUCCAAGUCACCCAUUCCCCCUCGUACGCAAACACCAUCUCUGGAGGAUGCUUCCGUGUCUCGCCCGGCGAGCAACGACGGGGAAAGCAAAAGCUCGACCGGCCCUUCGGAUGCCAAUUCCCUUAGUUUCACCUCCGUCUCUUCGGGAACUUCUUCUUUUGUUGAUGUCACCCGACAAGAUGGGGAAGCAGCAAAAUCUGGUGACGAGUCGGAGGAAGUACAAGACAGUGAGGACGAGGGCUCGUUUAUCUCUGAGCCUUUUAGCUCAGAGGAGGGUUCAAAUGAUGGUCAUUUGGAGGAGGAGGCAGAACACAAGGAGGACUCACAAGAGGAUGUGGAGGAAGGAGAAACGCAAGAGGAGGAGGAGGAGGAGGAAUCUGCGGGAGAGAGAGAGGAAAGCGAAGCGGAGGAGGAGCAAGAAGGGGAGUCUGAUGCCUCGGUCGAUCAUGGCCUUAGAUCUCCUUCUGCAACGCCGACAGCAGAAGUGCCCGCCGCGAGACUAUCCAAGUCUCCGACGCCGACACCGGAUACUUCUAGAGGAAGCACGACACCACCUGAGUCGCCCCAGAAACCAUCGGACAGUAUUCCUCCCUUACCUGCAGCUCCACCGACCCCAGUAUUUGCUUUGCCCUCGCCGUCACCAAGCCUUACGGCCCCACGACCUAGUACGAAGCCAACGCGCAGUUCCCCUCUCGCGAAGACCCCUCCUUUGUUGGGCGACCCCGAAAAGCCGCAGGUUAAGGUCGAGGAUGCGGCGUUGAAACCCAAGCCAGCGUCCCCCAAGGGUAUCUUUGGCGUCCUCCCGGCCGCGAAAGUAGAGGCACAGAUCUCCGCAGAGGGCGAGGACUCGAAGGCUAGCAGACCGAAGACGCCUCCUCUUCUUUCCUCAUUCGGUGCUCCGAAACCUGUUACUCCCUCGAUCUUUGGUGGGCAGCCAACGUUCUCUGCUCCGUCGUCUUCGAGUCCUUCGGCUUUCCCCUCCACACCUUCACCCCAGAGCCAAACACCUGGCACUCCAUCGUCUUUCUUCGGAUUAUCUCCUGCUCCUCAGAAUGCACCUUCACCUUUGGGCCGAACACCGGGCACACCGACCCCUUUCUUUGGAAUACCUCCUGCUCCUCAGCAGGCUCCCUCUCCUACCCCAAUAUUUAGCAUGGGUAGUUCCGCCGCGAAGCCCGCGCCGUCGUUGUUUGGAGGACAGCCCAAACCGCCAACAAGCUCUCUCGCCCCACCGCCUCCUAAACCAGCCCCUCGCCCUCAGGAGGCUCUGGAAAAUGGGAUGCAGAAAGAAUGCGUGUAUCUGUUCUCGAGUUUGGCCAAAGAACUCGAAGAACUUGGCACACUCGCGCGGGAGGCAAUCAAGAAGAGGGAUGAAUUUGGGAAACCUGCGUCCAUGGUGCACCGCACGUCCGACUUGCAAAGUCCGGAGAAAUGGGGCGGACUCGACGAGGUGGUUGCGUAUGGCAAACUGCUGAGAACCGUGGAGGCGGACAUUCAACAGCUGAAGGUACUCGUGGCGGAAGAACAGCAGAGCCUUCCGGACUUGCAAACCAGCAUGCUCAAAGCGGGCACGAGAAGAGAAGAGAUUUCGAGGCUUGAUCAAGCGAAGAACGAUGCCGACUUUUCGCAGAUGCUGAAGUCUCGGACGCUUGGACCGGAGCACCACGAAACGCAGAUGCAGCUUAGGAAAGCUAUCCGAGACAUCCGAGACCGUGUUACAAAGCUAGAGCAGCAUCUUGAAGCGUCGAAGGUGAAACUUAGCCGGUCAACCCAAGGCAAACCGGCGUUCAAGGCCCCGUCUUUGGUGACUGCCCAUAGGACGUUCAAAAACAUUGACAUCGCUAUUCAGCAGCAAGCUCACGACAUCGCCGAUCUGUCUUCGAGGCUUGCGAAGUUGGAUAUCUCUAGCCUACGGUCCGCGACGGCGACAAAUUCAGGCUCUCGCUACAGUGGGACAAGGCGAUCCUUCAACGUCACUCCAAACGUUGCUGUGACCACCGCAGCCGCGCUGAAUGCGGAGCGAUCUACCCAGCGGCUCAAGAACCGAUUGUUGUCUCUGCGCAGCGAGCCGCUGAUGAAUACCAAGUCGUUGGCCGCUGACAAGCCGCCCGUGGCGUUCAGCACCCCUGGCAAACCCGCUGCCCCGCCCAUGCAGUCCCCGUCAAUGAACUUCGAUCUGCCGUCAGCGUUCCCGUCAAGCCCAUCGCCAUCGCCGGCAGGGUCAUCGAGUCGGAGAGGCGCGGCGUUCUCGUCGAAGCACUUGAAGUCGGCGACGCUGAAGAAGACGUUCUCGUCCCCAGAUCACCAGCACUCUGCGCCCCCGCCAUCGGACUUUUGGGGCCCGCUGCCGAGUUUCUUCCCGAUGAAGCAGUCGUCCACGCCGAUUGUGCCCAUUAAAACGGCAAGCACGCCGUGA